AUGCGUUCAAUUUUAUUUAAAUCAACACGAAAUUUUUUUGUAAGUUCAACAAAAUAUAAUUCAUUUUACAAUCAUCGAUCAUUUACAACGGAAACUAUCAAUCAAAACCUUAUAGAAAAAAUUGUACAAAAAUACGCGUUAAACUUAUCACCAGGUUAUAAAGUUAAAAGUGGUGAUUUUGUAACUAUUCAACCAGAACAUGUUAUGACUCAUGAUAAUACUGCAGCUGUAAUGACAAAGUUCAAAAGUAUAGGUGCAUCAAAAUUUAAAAAUCUUAGACAAGCAGUAUUUACUUUGGAUCAUGAUGUACAAAAUAAAUCCGAGAAGAAUUUAGCAAAGUACAGUUCGAUUGAAAAAUUUGCGAGUCUUCAUAAUGUAGAUUUUUAUCCCGCUGGAAGGGGAAUUGGACAUCAAAUACUUAUUGAAGAAGGGUAUGCCUUCCCAAAUACUUUAACAGUAGCAUCCGAUUCACAUUCUAAUAUGUAUGGUGGAAUUGGAUGUUUGGGAACACCAAUAGUUCGAACAGAUGCUGCAGCAAUAUGGGCAACUGGGAGAACUUGGUGGCAAAUUCCUCCUGUAGUAAAAGUAGAACUCAAAGGCAAUUUGCCGGAUGGUGUGACGGGCAAAGAUAUUAUAAUCACUUUAUGUGGAAUGUUUAACAAUGAUGAAGUUUUAAAUUGUGCAAUAGAAUUUACAGGUGAAGGAAUACGUGGACUUGGUUUAUCAGAACGACUAGCUAUUGCUAAUAUGACAACGGAAUGGGGUGCAUUAGCUGGAGUUUUCCCAGUUGAUGAAAUUACUAUUAAAUGGCUCCGUAAAAGAGUCGAAAGGUUGGAACUUACGAGAUUUGAAAAUAAAAAUUUAACACCUACACCUCCCGGGCAACCAUUCAAAAAUCCUAGAAUUAAUCAUGAAAGAAUUGAUGAAAUUGAAAAAAAUCAUUUACGUGCUUCACCUGCAGCUUAUUAUUCUAAAUAUUUAUCAUUAGACCUUUCAACACUUUCUCCUCAAAUUUCUGGUCCUAAUUCUGUUAAAAUUUCAAGACCUCUUGAUGAACUUGAGAAACAAAAUAUAAAGAUUCAAAAAGCAUACCUUGUUUCAUGUGUCAAUUCGCGUGCUGAAGACUUACGUGCGGCUGCACGAGUAAUGAAGGGUAAAAAAAUAGCAGAUGGGGUUGAAUUUUAUGUAGCAGCCGCAAGUAGUGAAGUGCAAAAAGAUGCAGAAACAAAUGGUGAUUGGCGAACAUUAAUUGAUGCAGGGGCGAAAGUAUUACCUGCUGGUUGCGGACCAUGUGUUGGUCUUGGUGUUGGCCUUUUGAAAGAUGGCGAAGUUGGAAUUUCCGCUACUAACCGAAAUUUUAAGGGUCGUAUGGGCUCACCGAAUGCGUUAGCUUAUCUUGCAUCUCCAGCUAUUGUUGCUGCUUCUGCAGUAGUUGGUAAAAUCGCAAGUCCAGCUUCCCUAUCCACAUCGUUUUCAUCUCAUUCUAAACAACAAAUUCCAAUUAUAACAUAUGAAGUUGAUCAGUCCAAACAAAGUUCUGUAACAUCAUCAUAUAUAAAAUCUACAAUUCCUGGAUUUCCAGAAACAUUUAAGGGAGAAUUGAUAUUUUGUCAUGCGGAUAAUUUAAAUACUGAUGGAAUUUACCCUGGAAAAUACACUUAUGUUGAUGAUCUCGCACCAGAACAGAUGGCUAAAGUAGUUAUGGAAAAUUAUGAUCCUAAAUUUGCAAAUUUGGUUUCCAAGGGAGAUAUUUUGGUUGGUGGUUUUAAUUUUGGUACUGGAUCAUCGAGAGAACAAGCCGCCACUGCAAUCAAAGCAAGUGGUGUUACUAUUGUCAUUGCUGGAUCUUUUUCUGAAACAUUCAAAAGAAAUUCCAUUAAUAAUGCUUUACUAUGUCUUGAAGCACCUAAUCUUGUGCGUUUAUUAAAAGAAAAAUAUAAUUCAAAAAAAUUAACAACACGUACAAAAUUGGAUGCUGAAGUUAAAGUAACAGAAGGUAUUAUAUUAAUUAAAGGGUUAAAUGAAUCACAAACUGUAUUUAAGGUUGAUGUUUUAGGGAGAAGUGUUCAAGAAUUAUGGGUAGCUAAUGGAUUAGAAAAUUGGGUAAGACAGAGCAUAUAA